GAAGGGGAUGAAGAAGUGGUGGGACAGCAGCAGGGUAAGGAAUUGAAUUUUGUUGUUGUUGCUGUCGGUUGGGGUGUGCUGCUUUGUAUUCUGCGGCUUCUGCUGCCGAUGAUAUUUCGCGGUGGCUUUUCGUGUGUCCACAGCCUGUGCCAGUUCAGCCCGUGCAUCUUUCUACCUUUGUUGUCAUUAAGGAGGCUGCGAUUUCUUCGCUCCAUACGGAACAAAAGGAGAGUGAGGUUAGGUGGUGAAGUGAGAAGGAUGCUUUAUUCGAAACAGGGUUACUUCGAUGGGUUCUUUUUUUCGUUUCACGUCGCGAACCCAUUUUCUCGGUGCAGCUUGUGAAGCGUGUGCUUCGUCCUUUUUUGUGGAGCUUUUUGCGUGCCUCCGUUUUUUUGCUGUUCUUGUUUUGUUUCGGUGUUUUAUCCUAUUCGUCGAGGUUGCGGUUUGUUUCGUUUUUUCUUUUGGGUUGCUCCCGUUCCCCAAAACCGUUUCCUUUGUUAAUUUGCUUCCUCCGUUCCUGGUGGUAACGGUUGCUAGGUGACGUUGGCGACGUCGGUGACUAUGAACAAGAUUGGUGGUGCUUUUUUUUUGUUACUGAUUGUUGGCUGUUGCCGAUUUUACCAUUUGCUUUUGGCGGUGGGUUUUGGCGGUGGGUGUUGAUGGUCGAAGGGGUAAAAAGUGUCUUCGAAUCGGUAUCGCGUUUGCUUCCCACUUCCCGCAGCGGGUUUUUGGGGUGGUACAUAUACAAUUUGACUUCAGUGAUUGUUCAAGAUGUGGUGAGCUUGUACCGUUUUUGCGUAGUACGAUUUUUUUUCUUAUGGAAUUGGCACAUUUUAUCCAUCUGGAAUCACAAGGUAUAUUUUUCCCACAAUAAAUGUUAUUAAUUUUUUGCAAGGGUCACAUUAUCUGUUUCAUAUCUAAUCUUUCUGGGUUAUUAAAUAAAAUAAUAAAAAAGAGACUCAUUUUGAAGCAAUGAUACGGUUUUACUAAAUUAUAAAAAGUAAAAGGGUGAAGUUAUUAUAAGUUUUCCUCCUUUAUUUUCCUAGGAGAAGGAUAGCAGAACGUAGUUUCGAUCUACGGACCUCUGGGUUAUGGGCCCAGCACGCUUCCACUGCGCCACUCUGCUCUGUGUACAAAUUUCCGUGCGUUAAAUCACAAAAUCAUCUCUUUAUUGUACCAGGGUAGCAAACGAUUUUUCUGUUCAACAAAAUCAUUUCCUUCCUGCGGUAUUCUUGAUGCGUUCUACAGCUUCAACUUCAUUGAGAUCAAAGCACCCUACGUGUUGCAUUUCCUAUCCACACUACAGUCUAGUUCGAAUCGAUUCGCCGCGUCUGUGCCAUGGAGUCGUUUUGCCUUAAAAAGCCUGCACUGAAUUUUCUCCGAAAUGCAGGGAAAAAGAAGCAAUCAAAGCUAGAACACCAGCUGAAUGGCGGCCGACCGGCUUCCGAUACGCUUAGCGAGGUAAGCGAUUCGAACCUGUCGCACGAUCAUGGUACGCCUGUGGCGACGAGCUUAACGAACCCGGAAGUUUCGAGCAGUAGUGCGGCCAGGGUGCUUUCCGAGCUGAAGGAAGAAGUCACACGGUUGAUUGAUGAAUCGAUUCAGAAAAUAGAACUAGAAUGGAUGCAGAGCACCAAGUGCGGUAAGGAUGCUGUUCCGGAGGAAGAGGUAGUAGCACCACCGGAAGCAACACCCGAACCACCGGUUCGAUGUUCGGAAGAAACCUCCAAGACUCUGCAUCCGGACGGUGAUCGGGGCCUGUUAGGGCACAGGGAGCAAAAUUUGCAAGUACUUCAUACGGAACUGUUUGUGACGUGUAAGCGACAGACGCGCAUGAAGCUGUUGAAUGAAAUUCGUGAUCUGGUGGAGCGGUUGAAGGAUUUGGAAACGCUGGGAGAAUGACGCAUCUUGGAUGAGGCUCUCUGAAGCAAUGGUUUAUUUGUGAACAAUAUACAUACUGUGGAACAAUA